AUGACUACAAUAGGAUACGGAGAUUUCACUGCAUAAACUUAACUAGAAAAAUUACUUAUGAUCUUUAUUGCUUUCUUUUCUUGUGGUAUUUUUGGAUACACUAUUAAUUCUAUAGGUAAUAUUUUGUACGAUUUCAAACAGAAAAAGGAUCUUUAUCUUUAAGAACUAGCAAAAAUAAACAAAUACUUUAAAUAGAAUAAUGUAGAGCUUGGGCUACAAUGUAGGGCUAGAAAAUAUAUUCAAUAUUAAUAUAGCGAUGAAAAUAGUGACAAUAUAAGUUCUAUAAAAUCGCUUUCAAAUUUAUCAGAGUACCUAUAAAAGGAAAUAUAAACAGAUGUCUACAUCAGGAAGUUAAAAAAAAUAAAAGUGUUUUCGGAAAUAUUCACAGAUGAAGUUUUAGUUGAGCUUUCACUUUAAAUGAAAGAAGCAUUUUAUUGCCAUGAUUAAAUAAUAUAAUAAAAUGAAGAAGAAAGUGAUUAAUAUCUUUAUUUUGUCAAUAAUGGAAUCAUUUUAGAGUACUGUUAGUACCAAUAAAAUACAGUAGUUAAAGAAAUACAAGAAUACAGACAGGGAGAGUUUUUUGGUUUGUUGGCAUUUUUAUAAGGGGAUAAUAGUAGGAAAGUCAAGUACAAAAGUGUUGGAGUUUCUUCUAUAUUAAAAAUAAGCUUUAGUAGCUUUAUAAACGUCUUAAAAGAUCACAAUCUUGCUUACUAAAAAUUUUGCUUCAUUAGAGAUGAAGUAAAAUUUUCUAACAAACUGAUAAAAAUAAAUGCUUAUUGCGAUUCUUGUUAGCAAUAGAAUCAUGUACUUGAAUAAUGCCCUUAUCUAUUCUAUGAAGGUAAAAAAUAGGUGAUAUUGAGGAAUUAUUUUAGACAAUAGGAUAAUAUUUAUAAAAAUUUUCGAAGAUAAUCAACAACAAAAUCAUAGAAUGCUCUAUUAAAUUAAAAUCUAAUUUCCAAGUAAGCGGAUAGAUAUUACAUUUCAAAUAUAGAGUUUUUUUCUAUGUGGGAUUUGACAGAUGAUUCAGGCUAUGAAAAUGAUGACGAUCUUAAAAAUUUCUCCUAAUAAAAUUCUUCCAAAUUAGGCAUUGAAAAACAAAAAACUAAUUAAGAGGGAUCUACUGAUAAAAAUAUGAGUUCAAGCAGUAAAAGGGAAUCUUUUUUCCCUUCCGAACAGCACAAAGAAUUAUCUGUAUAGUGUUUAAGUGAAAAAUAAAUUAUUUUUUAAGAAAUCGAAAAAAAUCAUAGUUCCUCAAGUAAAUAAAAAUUAAUUAAUUUUACAUUUGUCAAUAAUUAAUUAAUUUUUUAUAAAUUAAAAUAGAAUUUUAAGAAAUUUAUUCUGGUGAAAUUCCUACAGAAUAACAAGGAAGAUAUUUAAACUUGA